CCACUACCCGGGAAGUAGCGCCCAGGUGGUGCUGUGGGUGACGUUCAACAGCGCCAUGGGCUACGCCGCCUACCUGGUUUUCAAGGACGGAGGUGGCCUGCAUGGUCCAGCCAGGCCUGCGCUGGCCGUGUUCGCCGCCGGACUCUGCUACAACUGGGCAUGGCCGGCUUUCUUCUAUUCGAAGCAGAAGUUCGCGCUGGCCAUGGUGGACAUGAACCUGCUGUGCGGCUCAGUGGCGCUCCUGGCCCACAUGUACUGCCCCAUCAACGAGCGGGCUGCCAAGAUCAUGCUGCCUUGCAUCGCCUGGACUCUCGCCAUGGCCACUUUCAACUGCCGCGUGUGGCGCUGGAGCCGGCGCCGAGCCAGCGACUGAGGUGCCCCCUGUCUCAUGCGGCCGGCUCUCCAGACGUACGCUACCAGUGACGUCGCUCGGUUUUGCGCUCGAGAUUGUGUGCUAUGGUGUCUACGGUAAUUGGAUGCGGCGAGACAGAUGCGUGCUGUGGUGUCCUAGGUUGAAAGCAGACUAAAAGUGUCGCUUUUUGAGAACGACAGACUUUGCUUUAGGCAGCAUGGGCUUUGCACUGCCUGCCUUGUGAUCGGGACUAGCGGGAGUUUCAGGCGGGGCGAAAUAAAAAAAAAUGGGUUUUCAUUUCGAAACGACUGCUUUAGAUCAUUAAAGCUGUAGUUUUCGCAGCAGAUUGUUCUAACGGCGGGCGUAUCUUCGCAGCGUAAUGUAAU